AUUCAAUGACGCUGUUGCCGGCCUGCCAACCAACCAGUCCAAGUGUCAACCGCCAGUGCCCAUGGCUUUCCUCCGGUGGAGCAAGGCAGCGAAGCUAAACGGACGGAGGAAAUUGGUCAAUAGGAUUCAUGUCCUUGGUCGUAAACGGAGAUUCCUCGUGACAACUAGGGGAUUUUAUUGGACUUUUUUUCUUCUAUUUAUUUUAUUUUUUUUUGUCUCAAUUUUUUUUGUCUCCUCCCUUCUGUUUCUCCAUCAGCGCGAUAUUUGGAGGGGCGAGUUAAUUUAUUUGACCUUGGGUUUAGACUCAUUUCAGCAAAUAUUGCUCAUUUGCUCAGCCAUUCCCCCCCAUGAGGAGGACGGGAAUUUGGCAAGGUGGAUCAAUGGCAGUGCCUGUGAGGAGGAUUUGUUCGGUUACUCGAGCGUCUGGCGAGCGGGCGGUUAAUCCAAUUUACAUCCACUGCCUCCCGUGAGAGAGCGAGGUUCUUGAUCCUGGCCGAUCAUUUCCGUGGCGGUCAAGGCAAUCACAGGAUCGGACAAUCGGGCGCUCGCCAUGCUCCGGACUCUGAGGGGCGCAAAUAAACGU